AUGCCAAAGUCCGGUUUAGCGCAGGAACUGCUCAAAGUCGGGCAGCGCUGGCCAACUGACAUUUUACGACCGCGUUUGCAGUAUGGAAACUUUCUUGUUGCACUCUCAAACUCGAAAGAACACCAAAAAGGCCUCACACCAGAGCUCCUUCGAAGUCAACACCGACUUAUCGAAAACAGACUCAAGGACAAGUAUGCUCUUUCCGAAAAGAUGAUGGUCCCGGCGUCGUAUCCGGACAAAUAUGCAAAACUUGUGACUUUACUCGAAGAAGCUGCAGAAUCUUCUGAACUCGGAGCAGAAGAACCCAAGGGACUUUGGAGUAGGAUUACCGGUCGAUGA